UUGAGAGUCAAUCGCGGACACUUAUUGACAGACAACCAUUGAAACCAGGCGGGUUUAGACUAUUAGUGACCUACUCAAUUUAUAAUAUAACACAAUGAUUGUACGUGGUGUGUAUUGUUAUUACAGGAAUUAAUUCCAAGUUCCAAUGUCCGGACAUAAGUAAAGAAACAAGUAUGGACUGAAAAAAGAGGACCUUUGGCCGUCAAACUGCGGAGGUACGACGGUUUCCGGUAUCCGGAAAUAAAUAAAGCCAAUGAGGACGGUAGCGGUCCUCGGCGGGGGUAUCGGGGGAUUGGCGGCGUCAUAUUACCUUUGCAAGAGCCCCCAGGUGACCAAGGUCAUCUUGCUGGAGUCCAGCAGUCGUGUCGGAGGAUGGCUGUGGUCCACAAGAAGGUCUGAUGGUGCUGUGUUUGAACAUGGACCCAGAGGUAUCCGACCUGCUGGAGCCGUGGGUCGUAACACUCUUAAUAUGGUGGAAGACCUGGGUCUCGCAGAGGAGGUUCUACCUGUCACCUACAGCCACGACGCUUCCAAGAAUAGAUAUUUGUAUGUCAACAAGCAGCUGCAUAGGAUGCCUUCAGGGAUCAGCGGACUUGUACGGACGGUCCCGCCCUUCUCACGCCCACUACUCUUCAGCAUCGCCACGGAGAUGUUUGCCAAGAAAAGCCAGCAGGAGGAUGAGUCCAUCCAUUCCUUUGUGUCUCGCAGGCUCGGAGCAGAGCUAGCAGACAUUGCUGUGGACAGUCUGUGUCGGGGCGUGUUUGCUGGUGACUGCAGGAAGUUGAGCGUACGCUCUUGCUUUCCUGUUCUCUACGAGGCGGAGCAGCGCAGAGGUUCCCUGACACUCGGCAUGCUGAUGGGCUCAGGAACCUCAAAGGCGGUCCCUCCUGGUUGCCUUAGCCGGAGGUCAGAGAAGGAGUCGUGGGCCCAGUGGUCCCUUAGACGAGGGCUGGAGUCGCUCCCGGAAUCCAUCAGUGACUUCCUGCAGCAGAGCAGGAGGGUGGUGCUUCACAGAGACACACCUGUCAAUCAUAUUAGCCCUGCAACCACGGGCUGGACCAUCCAUGUAAAGGAUGGGAGCAUAUCAGCUGACCAUGUAAUAUCUGCUCUCCCUGCUAAAGUGCUGGCAGCUGUGCUGCCGUCCACCUGUCAGCCUCUGGUGCAGCCACUACGGGACAUCUCCUGUGUGACUGUGGCUGUGGUCAACCUGGAGUAUGAAGGCUCAGUGCUUCCUGUCAAGGGAUUUGGACACCUGGUUCCAUCAUGUGAGGAUCCUGGUUUACUGGGAGUGGUGUACGACUCUGUACCUUUCCCUCAACACAACAGAAGUGAUGGGCCAACAACCAGAUUGACGGUCAUGAUGGGCGGGGCCUGGUUCCAGGAAACAUUUGGGACGCCAGCGUCCGUCACGAAGCAGCAACUUUUGGAAAGAGCUACAGAGGCGGUGCGUUGUCACCUCGGAGUCACGGCAGCACCCAGCUGGAGUUGGGUGUCUCUGCAGGAGGACUGUAUACCGCAGUACACCGAGGGACAUUUUGGCAGAGUCGACUUCAUGCGACGCUUAUUAAAGAAGAACAACCUUUCGCUUUCUCUGAUUGGCUCUUCCUAUGACGGCGUGUCAGUGAACGAUGUCAUCUUCAGUGCCAGGAAGGCCGUAGAGGAGCUGCUUGGAAACGGACUUUAGUCUUUGGUCGAUUUCUUGCGUCAAGAGCUUUGGAUUGAUUGUUCCUUCAAUAAAUUCUCUUUUCUGUGGAACUUGUGCAGAAACCACAUGGAA